AUGUUAAUACAAUGCAAUGAAAACCCAGCUUCUCCAACAGAAAAGGAGGAAGUUGAGUUACUGCUAACUUUAUGUGGCCUAGUCAGAAAAGAGCCAGGCCUUGCCAAUAUAUUUACCACACCAUUUGUUGAAGAUAAAAGCAGUCUUCUGAGCAUUCCUGAGGACAUACAAAAGCUUAUACCGAUCAGAAGUAAAGUUCAAAUUCCAAAGAAGAACCCACUGUUUGAAGUGGAGAUGUGUCCAAAUCCAUUGAGAAACAUUUCUAUAGUUCGUACCAACUCUAUUGAAGACAACGGAGCUACGAGGUCAAAUAGCUCCAAUGCGGAGGACAAUGCAUCCUGUAAAAGCCACAAGACUGUUUAUGAGGACAAUGACAAGUUCCUCUUGAUUGAUUUACUGCUUUCUUACUUGAAUAGUGCUGACAACCAAGUGGUUCUGCGCGCCUGCGAGGGCAUUAUGAUAGUGUCAUCUCUGCCCGAGGAUGACAUAGCCAACCUGGUGACCAGCUGCAGCCCAGUAUGCGAGACGAUCAUCGAGAAACUGGCUGAGAAGUACAAGAGCAUCCCAUCGGACGUGGACCCCGGUGACGUGGAUCAUCUGAACAUAACUUGGGCAUACGUCGCCCAAGACUUUGGCGAUAAGGGCUACAGUAAGUUCCAUGGUUACCGGGAACUGACCAGUUUUUUCUCUUGGCUGGAUUACUGCGACACUUUGAUGAAGGAGUGCCACCCGUCGAUCGCGGCGCACCUGGCGCGCACCUUCCGCGCCCAGUUCCUGGAGGCGGCCGGCGAGGGGGCCGGCGCGGGGGCGCUGGCGGGGGGAGGGGGCGCGGCCGCCCUCUCCGCCGCGCUGCUCGCCAAGUGCCUCCGCGUGGUCGACUCCCACGAGCUGAUCAACGAGUUCUCAAAUUGGCUGGUGGGGGACGGCGAGAUGUCCGAGUGGCCUCUCCUCCUCGCCCUCAUCGACAACUGCCUCACGGAAAACCACGAUCUGACUUUGGAGACCCUUCGAUUCUUCGAGACCAUAAUAGAGAAGGGCACCGAGCACAGCAUCCACCGGCUGGUGCUUUCGCGGGUGUGUUCGAGGGGCUACUACUCCCCGCAUCAGACCCUGGAGGAGGACGAGCGGGACAGACUCAACGACGUGUCCCUCGCGAGGGAGCGAGAGAGGAACAGGGAGGCGAUGAAACAGCUGCAGCACGAGGACCAGGUGAACGAACAGAUCAGCGGGAUCCUGCAGCACGAGGGGCUCAACUGCAGCGAGACAACGGACUCGGAGAGCAUUCACAGAGUGAUCAAUAGCUUCCUGCUGCUACUGCCGCGAGCGGUGCUCUCCGAUCCCGUGGGGGCGGACUACGAGCACUACAUCCACGACGCCCAGCGCCACUAUCAGCUCUGGCUCGACACGACGUCUACAUUCAACUGGCCGUCGGAGCAGCAAUGCGACAACACCGCCAGCUCGACGCACAGCUACGACAGCAGACCAGAGGCGGACAUCCACUUGGACGAGGAGUGCCGCCCGCGUAGACCAUCAGACCCCUCCGACCCCUGGGCAACGGAACCCAACGGAGACGGCAGGGGAGAGUACCACUUCACCCAGAAACUGGUACUCAGAACGAGGGAUUCCAACCAGACUAGCGUCGACAGCGAGUUCGACGAGGGCCCCUUUCUUCGGAUGCUGUACAGGCUCCUCGCUAACAUGCCCCACCAGCCCUACCAGGUGAACUUGCACCUCACCUCGAUAGUCUCCAAGUUGGCGCUGAUGCCCCAUCCGCACCUCCACGAGUACCUGCUGAACCCAUCGCUGCCGACGGCGAGGAAGACCCAGACCCUGUUCAAGGUGCUUCAAGAGGUCGCCAGGAAGCUGACGAUGGAGGUGCCGAGGAUUAGGAACUACAAGAAGGUGAUAGAGAACACCAGGCUGCAGGUCAUGAGCGAGGACCCCAGCUACGACGAGAGCGGCGACCACAACCAGUUGGUGGAGAGUCUGAUCGUUUUGGAGGAGUUCUGCAAGGAACUCGCUGCAAUCGCCUUCGUCAAAUACCAGCACGGAAUGCAUAUGCAUAGGGAUAGCGCAAACCAAGCCGAGCUUACAAUGCUGCCAGUUAUUCGUAGAUCCCCU